AUGGAUCUGUAUGAGCAAUGUCCGAGCUCAGAACUUUUGUUGAACGAACGAUUUGAGCCUUUGCUGACGGUGCUGACUAAGGCGUGGAUACUUACUUCUGAUAUAGUCAUUUCCUCCCCACAAGACAUACACAAACGUGUCUCCAAUUUGACAGGGGGAAAACUGACUAUAUCGCUGAAUGAACUGAUAGUAUUUAGAAGUCUCUUGAUGAAGGAAUUGAACUCGCAAAUUGAGUCCAACUUGGUGAACUUGAACACAUCAAUGCUCCAAGAGCAAACACUGAAGCUGAAUGAUUUAUCUUUUACCACGGGAGAUGAAUUAUUGGAUUACUAUCUACGGGGAGAGUAUGACGAUAACGUCGUUUUGCCCUUGGGUUAUCUGAUAGAAGUGACAGGAGGCAGUUCAUGCGGCAAAUCUCAUUUCCUGAUGCAAUUUUGUCUUACAGUGCAGUUACCGAUUCAACUUGGAGGCUUAGGGGCCGACCUAGAGGCGCCAGAGUCUGAACGAACUAACGAGUGCAAAGCUGUUUAUGUUUCCACAGAGGGGUAUAUGGAAACUAGACGGUUAAGUGAAAUGUGUGACUAUUAUGGAAAUAUCAUGACAACCAAUGGAAUUGCUGAUUCGGAUCUGUAUCCGUCAACCUCAAAUGUCUUGCAAAUUCAGUGUUCAGAUUUAGAAACGCAAGACCACAUUAUUUUUGUACAGCUUCCAGCUUUACUAGAGAAAGAAUCAGGAAAGGUGAAACUGAUCUGCAUAGAUAGCAUUUCGCAUCAUGUAAGAGUGGAAUUCGAAAACCGAUCAUACCAAGAGUCAAUGGCUCGGAAUACUUAUCUUUACGACUUGAGCAGACAUUUGAAACGGCUGGCAAAACAGUAUGAGGUUUGCAUUGUUUUUAGCAACCAAGUCAGUGACAAGCCUAUUACUAAACUCAUUAGUAAUGAUCGACUUGCCCUAGAUUAUCAACUGGGCUGGAUGAGCGGCUGGUCCAACGAAACUAUCCUGUAUAGACAAAACUAUCAGGAUGAUGAUGGAGACGCAGACGCUUCGUUCACGUCAAGUAGCAGAAAAAGAGAUUUCUCAAGUAUGACUGAAGAGGACUUUGCAGAUGAGGAAGAUGACGGCACCAAAGAGGAUACGGACACUGACGAGAGAAAUUUCACUCUUCAAGAUGAAUUAUCAUUCACAGAACAGAUCAAACUAGACAAGCAUGAGUAUCUAUUUGGGAAUGAAGUUACUAAAUUAAAAGAGACCAAAAUUCCUGCUCUUGGGUAUUUAUGGAAUACAUUAAUUGAUGUGCGCAUUGUGUUGUUCAAAAACAGCAGACCGAUAAUUGAUGAAAAUUUAAUCGAUAGCAUGGCUUUUGAUUUAGGAUUAUCAGACUUUAAAAACAUCGAUCAGCUAAAAGAAAACCGAAUGAUGAAUGAAGGGAAUUGGGCAACAGAGAGAUGGUGCAGACUUUGUUUCAGUCCAUUCAACGGGUAUUCAAGUGAUAAGGUCCAAAGAUUUGAGAUCUGGAAAGGUGGUAUAAGGGGGGUGGUUAACUAA